CGGACAUCCUGGUCUACAUCAACGACAGCUGCGUGCUGGGCCGCUCUCAUAAGGAGGUGGUGGAGAUGCUGAAGUCGGUGCCGAUGGGUCAGAGCGUGGACGUGGUGCUGAGGAGAGGAUACCCGAUGCUCUACAACCCGGACGGCUGUCCCAAACAGAGCCUGGAGACGAAGGCGCAGACUCCCAACGAGCCCCUCAAUCCACCCAACCUGAACCGCGGCCUGACGCACCUCACCUACAGCCGAACGCUGGACGCCAAUGGCAGCGCGCCAGGUCAGAGCAGCCGGCCGAGGUCACUGAACAAAUCAGCCGCAGAGACGCUGCUAUUUAAAGUCUUCAUAUGA